AGUAGGACACGGAAGUGGCAGUCUCGUCUGCUCUACGCUUCACUGACAAUCAUUUUCAUUCUCACCGCCCGUUUUGGUUUUCUGUGUGAAUUAAAUAAUGCCAGCUCAUUGUUGCGUACCGAUGUGUAAUGGGAAAGGUGGGCAUAAAUUUCCGCUGGACCCUGUUGAGAGACGGCGAUGGAUUCAGGCCGUAAAAAGAGGAGAAAGUGACUGGACACCGUCUAAGUGGAGUAUUGUUUGUCGAUCGCAUUUUGAUUCUUCUGACUACAUUUCCGAAACCAAAGAAAGGGAUCAAAUGGUCAAUAGUAUAUUGAAGCCAGGAGCGAUUCCACAUUUAUUUGCUUGGAAAAGAACAAGUUUAUCAGGUAGUAGGCGCAGAGAAAGAGCCCUACAUAAACAACAAAGUAUUAACAAAAUCGAGAGACUGGAAAGCUUGUCAACUUCUGAAAAUGUAGGAAACGAAGUUGAAAUAGAAUACAUCGAAGAGGACUUUACUCCUAUCGAAGUUAAAAGUGAACCUGAUACAAAAGACUCUGCCACUCAAGUUGAUAUGUCAAUGCGCUUCUGUGCCCGAAAAUACAUGUUGAGUUCGGAGAAAUUUCUAUAUUAUACUGGACUAGAAAGCUAUGAUGCUUUUAUGUGUUUGUUUUACUCGUUUGGGCCAGUAGUUGAUGAACUUAGGUAUUUUUAUGGGACAAAACCUAAGAUGUCAACAGAGGACCAGUUUUUUCUGACUUUGGUUAAACUUAGACUUGGGAGGAGUAAUUUUGAGUUGUCUGACACAUUUGAAAUAUGUGAAAAAGAGCUUAUGAACAUAUUUAUAACAUGGAUAAAUUUCAUGUAUUUUCACUUUAAGGAAAUUAACUGGUGGCCAUCCAAAGACUUGGUUAAGUUUUACAGUCCUGCAGACUUUAAGUCUAAGUUUCCGACAACAAGGGUAGUAAUUGAUGGUACGGAAAUACCAAUACAAAGGCCAAAACAACCCAUUAUUCAGCAAGGCACAUUUUCCACAUAUAAAAACAGAAAUACGGUUAAGGUCCUUGUAGGUGUUACACCAGGGGGUCUUGUGAGUUAUGUGUCCGAUGCAUUUGGUGGUGCAGCCAGUGAUAGGCAGAUAUGCGAGAGAAGCUGUCUAAUGAAUUUAUGUGAAUCUGGUGACUCUGUCAUGGCAGAUAAGGGGUUUAAUGUCCAAGAUCUGUUCAUACCGUCAAAUGUGGAAAUUAACAUUCCAGAAUUUUUUAAAAAAAAGAACAGGAUGUCUGGACAUUCAGUAGCAAAUGAUCGAAAAAUAGCCAGCAAACGAGUGCACGUUGAACGAAUUAUCGGACUAGCCAAGACAUUUAAAAUAUUGAAAAAACCUCUAAAUAAUACAGAAUCAAAUUUGUCAGAUGCAAUUAUUUCAGUUUGUUUUUAUUUAUGUAAUUUUAGACCAGCCAUUGUCCACAAUGAUGCCUAAGUUGACGUGUAUUGAUCUUGUAACAUUGGAUAGAAUAAAACAUAUUAACUCUGA